AUGCAGACGAUGUCAAGUGUGGCUCACCGUCGUGAGCAUCAGACUGCCACUAGAGGUGCCGCUGAAGCAGCCCUCGCAUUGGCGGAGAAGGUAGCCAAGGAUGCAAUGGCUGCUGCAUAUAAUGAAGCUUUUAGGAAAUGGACAGGCAUCAGUCAUCCCGAUUUCCACACCACUGACGUUGAAAACUGCAGGAUAGUUCUAAGCUUCGACGUAGCGAAGAGGAAGAAGGCCAUGGGCGGUGUCACGGAGAUUCUUUCCGUGGUUGUGGACAAUGCAAAACAGCAGCUGACAGUAAAAUACCUCGAACGUCCGAGCAUUCGGAAUGCCACUGACGUCAGACGUGCUUCUUCCUGGUUGAAGAGGAAACUCGCAGUAGAUUCUAAAGAGGAAGUUGUCCCAGUAUCGGAGACAAUCGAGGUGCCAUCAGCAUGUAUGGCUGAUGAAUAUUCGCGCUAUUUCGUAGUCAAGCGAAGUAAAAAGCAGGGGACUCAACGCGUAUUCGCUGCUAUCGUCGAACUAGCGUUUCAUCCCGGCUCCUUUGUCGUUCCACGAGACAUCGCGAAGCGUUCGCAGCUCGACUUAAUAUUGAGGCAACUCCAACACAAACAGAUUACGGAAGGACUUUGGGAAAUGAUGCCGGGCUGCAUGAUGUUCAUCAGGGUCCAGUCGCAGUUACGAGGGGCACCACGUGUGGCAAUUAACCCGUCUCGUGGGACUGUUGAGUUUCGCGGAGAAGAGGUGAAAGGGGUGGGCUCCAAGGCGCUGCCCAAAGAGUGUACGUGGGAUGACCCCAACUCUGUAAGCGUCAUGACUCGCCACAACAGAACCGUGGGAAGCGACAUGUGGGAUGUUCUUUUAUUCAUGACCAAUGCCCCCUCGGAAACUCGGAAAGAAUACGAACUUCCCAAGGCGGCAGAAGUCGAACGGAGGGAGGAGCUGACCCAGUUGUCUUCGUUGGAUGAAAGCGUGCAAGACAAUGAUAUGAAGGUGGGCGCUUCUCCGGUCUUGGCCAACUGA